UCCGCCAAAUAAACUUCAGCCUCACAGCUAGGGGGACGAGAAGAAAUAAUAACACACACAAGAUAAUUCCCGCUGACGCCGAUGGAUACUCCGUGGUGAGCUCGGCACACAUCUGCGGCUUCAAGUCUUCGCCGUUCGGUCAUGUUUUUAGCAUGUUAGCCCGCGGGAGCUAAACAGGCGCUAACCGGCGGAACCGUGAGGAGGUUGUUGUUGAAGAAUUGUUCCGCGCAUUGCAGACGAGAGGCUGGGCAGGAGAGGCUGCACCGGGGUCGCGUGGACCUCAACGGGGUUUGGCUGUCGCACCUCUACUUUGUUUUUAAGCCCCGAAGAAAGACGUCCCCGUCGUCAUUUAUGACAGGUAGCAGCGAAACAUAACCAAAGGGGGCAGUGAUCCAUAACCCCCCCCCCCCCCCCCCUCCAGAGGCAACAUGGAGCUCCAGGCGUCUUACGGGCCGCUGGGAGCAGAGGGGGAUUGCGAGAUGUCGACUCUGCUGUUGCCCAGUCCCCAGAGCGAGGCGGUCACCCACGAGAUGGAGGAGCUGUCGCUGCAGCCUCUGCCUCCGCCGAACGGACGCAAGCAUGGCCAGGACCCUCGGACUCAGACGAUGGCCUACAUGGAGGUGGAGACCCCCAGUGACCGCUGCACGAGGUACAGAGCAGUCCUGCAGUUGAGGCUUCAGCAGAGGCGGACCCGGGAGCAGCUGGUGGACCAGGGCAUCAUGCCACCUCUGAAGAGCCCGGCGGCUUUCCACGGGCAGAUUCGCAGCUUGGAGAGAGCCCGGACUGAAAAUUUCCUCAAGCACAAGAUCCGUAGCCGUCCAGAGAGAGCCGAGCUGAUCAGGAUGCACAUCCUGCAAGAGACGGGGGCAGAACCCUCGUUGCAGGCCACCCAGAUGAGACUGAAGCGGGCGCGGCUCGCCGACAACCUGAACGAGAAGAUCUCCCAGAGGCCCGGCCCCAUGGAGCUGGUGGAGAAGAACAUCCUGCCCGUGGACUCCAGCGUGAAAACGGCAAUCAUCGGUGAGGGGCAGAGCAACGUGGGUCAGGUGAAUUAUCCGAAGGUGUUGGACGAAGACAGCUGCGAGGCUCCGUCCCCGGAGCGCCCGGCCAGCCGGGAGCCUCCGAGCUGCGUGGCCUCUCCGGCCGAGAGCAAAGUGCCAGACACGCCUUCUCCGAUCCCGGCGCCACCGACGCCCAGCACCCCGCUGCAGGUCUUCCCAGUUGCUACGCGAGCAGCAGCAGACUUUGUGAAGGCGAUCUCCGUGGUCGAACCGCCCGCCAGCCACCCGGCUGUCGCUCAAUUCACCGCUGACCCUCCCUCACAGCCGUUCACCACGUCUGCUCUCUUAAAACCAGGCCCGACGCUGGUGAAACAGAGUCAGCAGAAGUCGCCCUCGGAGAAGAGCCGCAGCAAGAAGGGCAAAGAGCCCAAGUCCCGGGUGAAAAAGCUCAAGUACCACCAGUAUGUUCCCCCAGACCAGAAGCUGGAGGCCAGCGAGGCCCCCAUGGACUCCUCCUACGCCCGACUGCUGCAGCAACAGCAGCUGUUCCUCCAGCUGCAGAUCCUGAGCCAGCAGCAGCAGCACUACAACUACCAGACCAUCUUACCGGCUCCACUCAAGUACGGGCCUGUGACGGAGGGUCAGAGCGGCGGCGCCGGGAGCCUGCCGACCUCCAUCAUGGUGUCUUUGCCCACUGCGCCUCCGCCUCCCUCUUUAACUCCGGCUCUGACUCGUCCGAGCAACUCGCUCUCCAACCGCAAGCCGGGAGUCUUACCUGCCAAUCUGGAGGAGAUGAAGGUGGCUGAACUCAAGCUGGAGCUGAAGCUGCGCGGCCUCCCCGUGUCGGGCACAAAGACCGACCUGAUGGAGAGACUGAAGCCUUUCCAGGACAACCACUGCGCCUCGCCUCCCGUCACCGCCCUCUCCUCCAUGUCCAUGGACCUCACCGGCACCGGCAGCCCCGCCGUAGUCCUCCCGGCCCAGCAGGUGGCGCCAGAGAACAUGAACCCGCCACCGCCGGUCUCCCCCGUCCCCGGCGACCGCUCGGCCCCCCAGCGGGAACCGGGGGCCUCCGAAACACUUCUGGUGAGCUCCGGCUGGGCGGGGUCGCAGUCCUCGCCUCUCUCGUCGUCUUUUCGAGUCCCUGAGGAAAAGGACCGGCGGCUCCACGAAAAGGAGCGGCAGAUCGUGGAGUUGAUAAAGAAGCUGGAGCAGGAGCAGAGGUUGGUGGAGGAGCUGAAGAUGCAGCUGGAGGUGGAGAAGAGAGGCCAGGGCGGCGGCGACUCUGCGUCUCCAAAACUGAAUUCUGUUCCCGCCAUCAACCCCGUUCUCGCUGCCCUGAGCUCAAACGGAGUAAAGAUGGAGGUGCUGUCCAACUGCUCCUCCUCCGCCGGUACAAUCCCCAACGCGAUGCUCGGACACCCGGCUCUCUCCCCGCCGCCGACAGUCGUCAAGUUGGAGGACGUGACCGUCUCCUCCGGCAAGCCGCUGCAGCUCCAGACCCAAACCCAGAUGCAGCCCCAGAUAGUGAACAGCCCUCAGCUCCUCUCCCAGUCCCAGAGGAGUCCCAAACUCCAGGCCCGGCCCGCGGCCCCGAGCCCGCAGCAGUUCUUCAUCAGCCACACGGGCCGGGUGUCCCAGGUGCUGGGUCAGCCUCGGACCCUGUUAGCCACCACGGGUCAAGCGGGGAGGAUCCUCCUGCCGGUCUCACUCCCCAACAGCGCCACGGCCAUCCAGCUGCCGAACACCAACGUCAGCCUGCAGCCCGUCCUUCAAGCCACGCUCUCAAAUCCAGGCCUGGUCCAAGCCUCAGUCGCUCAGCGGAAAACCACCAAGGAGACGGCACCCAACCAGCCGUUAUCCAACCACAACCCGCUGCUCCAGACUCUGACUCUGUGCAAUACCUCCACCGGCUUGGAGAACCAGACUCGGCCUGAGAUGAAUCCACCGUGUUUCCUGAGCCCGGAGAACAACGGGGUCUCUCCACGAGCGUCACAUCGCAUCUCCAACGGACCCCUCAAUAAGCCCACCUUCAUCCUUCAGCCCGCCUCCCUCGCUACUCGGCCCCCCAAGUUGAGAGAGCCCCCGCGCUACGAGGAGGCCAUCAAGCAGAGCCGCAACCUGCAGGUCAACAGCGUGUCACAGGUUCCCACGGCAACCAGCCAGCAAAUGGACGACUUGUUCGACAUCCUCAUCGAGAGUGGAGAGAUCACUCCUUUCAUCCAGCAGGACCCUCACGUGUCUCACGGUAAGACCCUCCCGGUCACGACCAGCAUCUCCACCCUGCCGGUCAACACGGCGCUCUCCAGGCCGCCGCCCCCCGUCCAGCUGGCCCCCCCGCCCGCCCCGAGCCCCCUCGCGGGCCUCGGCCUGUCCGGCCUGUCCGGCCUCUCCUCGCUCGCCACGGACAAUCAGCUGGAGGCCUUCCUGGACGGCACGCUGGCAUCGGACCCGCGCACCCGCGGCCUGAUGGAGGAGCUGCAGGCCCAGCUGAUGGAGCCGCAGCCCUACUCGCCCAUGGACACGUCCGACUUGUCCUUCUGCGACUCUCCGUCGCCCUCCACGCUCCACCUGGGCCUGGACAACAUGGAGUGGAUAGACCUCUCCAUGCCGCCGGGGCCCGCCGGGGGGGCGCUCACCCCUCUGGGCAUCCCGACGGACUUCCUGGAUACGCAAGACCUGCAUCUGCACUGGGACUGACGGAGGGGGCGGAGUCCAGGGAGAGCAGCAGAGAUGGAUGGAUGAAGGAAGCAAGAGAAGAGGAAAGGAAUCGACAGCCUUGCAAGGGGGUUGAGUUUAAACGGUUUUAAUUGGGAGACGACGUAAAACCCACCCUCACUCGUACAUCUUCAUCAUAUCCCCACUUCACUGCAGCGAGAAAUGCUAAGUGAGAGUGAGAGUGAGAGUGAGAGUGAGAGUGAGAGUGAGAGUGAGAGUGAGAGAGAGUGAGAGAGAGACCGAUCAUAUCAGUGGCGAUGGAGCUUAAUGAAUCCCAGUAGAACGGGGCCUGUUUGUAAAUACUCUUUAAACCGCACUGCAGACUGCAGACGUGGUCCAGCUGUAACUAAACGUUGAGAGGAAUUUGUCUUCUCAAUACAUCUGAGGCUCGUGUUGGGGGUCGCUGACCGAGGGGAGGUCCCGCCUCCUCUCACGCUGGACACGACGUGUCUGCUGACCGAUCGGACGCCUUUUUUUUCCUGUCUGACCUUUCGCGACCCUAAAGAGCCAGAGACUCGAUGACGAGAGGUGGGAAGCUCCUCCCCCUCGCUCCCCUCAGAGGGAAUGCCCGGGCUGCAUCCCCAUCACUACGAAGGGAUCAAUAUGAUUGUGAUCAGAUGCUGCAGUGAAGUAUCUCACUUUGAAUGUAAUCUUAGAAGAAAAAAUGGGACUUCACUCAAAAGGUUGGCAGCUUUUAUUCUUCUUCUGACAUAAAAAAAGGUGGAAAGGGAACAAAUCUGGUUUUAUUAAUAAGACUUGCAGACGCAUAUCCAGAAUAGUUUUGAACUGCAAGAUAUAGAAGGAAUGAAAAUGUCUUCGAAGGCUGUGUGUGUGUGUGUGUGUGUGUGUGUGUGUGUGUGUGUGUGUGUGUGUGUGUGUGUGUGUGUGUGUGUGUGUGUGUGUGUGUGUGUGUGUGUGUGUGUGUGUGUGUGUGUGUGUGUGUGUGUGUGUGUGUGUGUGUGUGUGCGUGCGAGGGACCAAGCGUCAUGUGGAUGAAUCACAAUACUCGUCAGUCGGGCUGCGACGAAUAGUUUCAAGUUAACUUCACGAUGUCGACGUUCAAAUUCUCUGCGCUCACGUUGUUAGUAUUAUGGUCUGUUCUGUGUAGAACUCCACUGGUGGCUGCAUGGGAUCGCCUCCAAGCCGUGUGAUCCAGACAACAGUGUUAAGUCAGAAGAAAAAAACGUUUAGUAAUAAUUAUGAAACAUUUAUUUGGAGAGAAAAAAAAGAUGAAUGUAAAAACUUUAAAAACAAAACAAGAUAAAAGGCGUCAAACACAUUUUCGCUGUGGUCUAAAACAGUUUUAAUGCGGCAAUCUUUUAUAAACUCACAUUUAUUUUUCAUAUAUAUAUAUAUUUUUAUUUAACCACAAUGACAAAACAAUCCUGAUAUGACGACAGACAUUUUAAAACUUCAUUCCAAAAACCUCAAAGACUAUAAUUCCGGCUUGAAUCUAAUAAAUAAAUCCAGCCGGGGACACAUCGCCUCAAUCGAGAUGCGUCAGUUAGUGUCUGACCAAGUGUGAGAGGAGCAUGUUGUGUGUGUGUGUGUGUGUUGAUUUGUCUUCCCAUCUUUUGCAUGUGCACCUGUGACUCGUGUGCAUGAUUGUAUUCGUGUGACAUCACGAGCCGCCGCGAGCUCCUUCCACAAGUUGUCUGAAGAAGUGUCCCAAUACGUGACACGUAUAUGACAUCAUCGUUGUUCAAAGCCUCCGACGGCUGCUUCCUGUUUGUGUCUGCGUAGGUCACGAGAGGGCGUGGCCACAAUCACCCGCAUUCUAACAGGUUGCGUCACAUCCCACGAGUUUCUUUUCAAAGCUUAACCUCGAGGUGUAGCGUCUCGGUUAAUGAUUUAUUAAAUGUUGGCUUUGAUGCAGUCUCACCGUACGGCACUUUGAAGUAAGAACGCUUUUUGUUCCAGUGCAAUCGCAUUUUUAACUUUAAACCUGUCAUUCCUGUCCGUGGCCACUAGGGGGCGCUGCCUCAUGUUCAGGGGGCAGGAAAUGUUGAAAUGAGGCCGUUUGUCUCGCUUUUUAAAUCCAAUGUUUUUUUCUUGUUUCCUUUUCUUGGUUGGGUGGACGUGCCCAAAUUCCAAACGCCGGACCACCUGAAGGAGUCCCUGCUUUUAGGAUUUGUUGUAUUUAUUUUAUUUUUUGUAUGCGAUGACCUCAUCCCAGAGGGUAACAAUCACUUAUUGAUUCCCGUGUUUCCUAUAACAGAUGAUUUCCUUCCCUCGGUUGGCUUUAACGACACAUUUGAUAUAUUGUUGCCCUGAUCAGUCGGACAUAUCAUCACGUUUUUUCUCAUGUUUUUGUAUUUUUUCCACUUGUUUUAGGGGUGAAAAUUGUAAAAAGAAACAAAAAACUUAUAAUCGUGCUUUUAAUGCUCGUGUAAAAAAAAAAAAACUAAAAUAUGUAAAAGAGGAUUUUCAUGUGUAUAAUUCAGGUUUGCAGAGUUGUUGUAUUUUAUUUCCCCUAUCCGAUAUGCACGCUCAUGUCUGAGUGGUUACCCUCGCGUUGCAACAGCUCUACAAUGACCUCGACCUUUUCAAGGUCGACGCCCGACCUCCGUCGCGACGGGUCACCUUCCAGACACGACCCUCCACACACACACACACACACACACACCGCGUGAUCCCGCCUCCAUUUCUAUCGCCCGUAGAAACCUUCGUCUAGAAGUUCAAAAAGCACUUAAACACCGAGCGGUCAGUUUUAACAAACCUUCUAACGUUUAACGUUCGCCGGUCGAGAAGCGGAACGUUUAAUUCCGGGAACGUUCCCAUCCGCUCGCUCUCCGCCGCCCACGCCUCGUCCGUCCGUACGCCAUAUGUUUUGCACAUUGUGUACAUAUUUAUAUAGAUGUAAUGCAUAUUUUUCUACAUGUGUGUAACAUCCAUGGGGGUCUCUAUAAUGUAAAUACUCAAAAAAAAGAUGUGUAUAUAUAUAUAUAAGUACUGUAUGCCUUUUCUCCGUGUCAAUAAAUUUGGUGCACUGUG